UCUGCUCUUGCCACCAUCAUAGUUGACUUCACUGGCUGCGACGACCGACGAUGCACGCCUCCCCUACUCUCGUCCUCGCGGCUUCAGCGCUGCUGCAUGCGGGUGUAGCCCUCGCUGACGAUGUCACGCUGUACACGGUGCACACCGAAGAGCUAAACCCGUCCAUCGUCAGCGAGUACUCCGCAACGGUCUCUGCCGUCGGGACUGCAUCUGACAGUGCGGCGACAACCUAUGUCGAGGAGAUAGCGAUCUCAAAGCUCGAGUAUGUCUUUACGGACAAGGACCAGACCAUGACGAUCGUCUCUGAGCCGAAGACAGAGACGCGAACCUUCGUCGAGGGCGCGUCCACGUUCUUCAUGAGCGAGCCUGCGUAUGCGACGUCUACGACAUGGGCAGGGCAUAUCGCAAAGUUCACGAAUCCUUCCUUGCAAGAGGAAUGCUCGUACGACCAGGAUGAUGGCAAGGGCAGCUGUGUAGUGGUCGUCGGACCCGAAGGCAAUCUCCCCAGCGGUGCGACGACAUCGUUCGCGGGCGCUUUGCAACCCUAUCAGACUAUCGAGGCCAAUGGCGCUGCGGGAUCGAGAUGGUGGGGUUGGACGAGCGAGUCCACACUGAUCGGCUCACUGAUGUUCGUGCUGACUUGCAUAUGA